AUGAGCGAGGCUAACUCGAAGGAACGUGAAACGAGAGCCCAAUUUGUGGAUCAAUCACCUAGUAGAAUCGGUGGUGAUACGACCAAAGUGAUCCGAAGUGCAUUAAAGAAGCGAAAUGGUAGCAUAUCUGAGCGUAAGUAUACCGCUACUGAAGGAGAAAGUCGGGAAACGACUCCAAUAGUGUCCUCCCCACUGUUAACUUCCACGCCACCUACUAUUUCGAAAGCGAUGGUCAAUCUGUAUCCCAAUCUUAUAGUGGCCGAUAGAUUUCUAACUGUAGUUACAUGGACUGGGGAUGAUAUUUGGCCUAGUAUACUGACAGUGAUGGUUUACACAACUGUGGUUUUGUAUUUUGAAAAGAUUGCAAAAUAUUUCGGGCAUCUAGUGGUAGUGGCUGUACUUUGGGGCUACUCGUUGCUAGAUAAACAUGUGGAAGAGAGUCUUAAUAUGCAACCCACGCUCGAUGAUAUUGUUCACACCAUGAAUCGUGUCAUCACGAAGGCUGACAUGCUUCUUUCGCCAAUAACAAUUUUAAGUGCGCAGGAUAUCAAAAAGCUUCUCUUUACCACUGCAUUCCUUUCUCCAAUAUAUGUUUUGAUAACAUUAUUCAUAUUGCCUCCCAGGAAAGUACUGCUGAUUGGAGGUGUUUACUUACUCACUUAUCAUUCUCCGUGGUCAACUAUCACAAGGCGGCUCCUAUGGAGAUUUAAGCUCGUAAGACUGUUUGUGUUCUACGUUACUGGACUUGAUCUGGGUGGAAUUCGCAAGAACCAAGGAAUAUUUGCCGCCAUGCAUAAACAAGUGAAGAAACUAUCGGAUGUCAGCAAGGGUUCCACAGCGGAUGACGGGAAGCCUAUCAAGUUUACCUACGUCUUGUACGAGAAUCAACGUCGUUGGCUUGGUAUCGGGUGGACCUCCAGUAUGCUAAGUUACGAAAGAGCAGCAUGGACUGACGAAUUUUUGAAUGAAGCACCUUCCCCAGAUAGUUUUCAUUUACCAGAGGAGAGUUCUGGGAUGACAUGGAAGUGGGUUGACAAGACGUGGCGACUAGAUAUGACUAACGAUGGUGCCAUUCAACUCUCGAGCUCGAGGCCCAAAACCACAGCUUCACCAAAUUCUGAUGAUGGAUUUAUCUACUACGACAAUACGUGGAAGAAACCUUCCGCUGAGGACUCUUUCUCUAAAUACACAAGAAGAAGAAGGUGGAUAAGGACCGCCGAGCUAAUGAAGACAGAAGAUUUUGGUUUACACGAAACCAGUAUCACAUUGGGCACAGGCAAGACCUCGGAUUACUCACUACACUCGAAUGGAGGAACGCAGGAAAUUAGCCACAACGAAAAGAGGAAAAGUGUCAGCCAUUUGAACGGUGGUGGUAACUCUGAUGAAAACGGUGUCGAUAAUCAGAGACGAGUUUCGUUCAGUAACAUAGACAAUGUUCACAUCAUUCCCCCAGACGAUGACUACGAGGAGCCUCCUAGUGAAUCAACUAAAGAAAAUCACAACGGACUGCCUUCGCCGACUCAAUCGAAUGAAAAGAAAGUGAAGUAG